AUGGGUUUCUGCACGAAGAAUAAGGCCAAGGCCCCAGCCAAGCGGGCGGCGCCUGCAACAAUCGAUGCGCAAGAGCCUCAGUUGCUCGCUUCCCUUGUCCCCGAGGAAAAACCGGUUGAGGCCCGGGGGGAUGAACACCAGGAAGAGGGGCAGGUCAUGCCAACGCCCAGAAGUGGUGUUGACCGAAAAGAGCAGAGUGAAGAGGGGUGCCAAGAUGAUGCCGGCAGGGAACUCCCCCCGCAGGGACUCGGCACUGCGGGUGUACACGGAAACCCUCCGCCAGCACGUUAUGAUUCAACUGCGACGUCAUGCGCUGGAAUGACUGAUGCAGAUGCCUUAAGCCGGGGAGGCACUCUUCUGAAAAGCGAACAGCAGCAGUGUUUGUCACCUCCUCAGGAGGCAGAUGAAGAAUCAAUAGGGGCUCCUCAUGGAGCUGCAGCAAAGCAAGAGGCCAAGGCCUCGUCCCCCGCAUCACCAGAGAUGGAGCAGCAGCAGAUGGAGGGGGCUUCCCAGUAUUUGGAACCAAACGCUGAGGAGAAAAAAAGGCCAAAGGAAUCACAUGCAAGCAAUUUUGCUUCACGCAUGCAAGAAACCUUCACCUCAGUGAAGCAGAGCUUCAGUCGAAGCUAUCAGAGCUUCCGGUCAGGAAAUUUAGGCGAAAGUUUGAGGCAGAGUUACUCUGGCGAGUCCACAGAUAUGCAUCCUGCUGAAAAAUGCAUAUGUGGUGUUUUGAAUGACAUAACAGAGUUCGGGGAGAAGGCGAUGCCUUGCGUUUUAGGGGAGCAUGCAGACGCCGGUACGGAGGAAACAAGGCCGCUCCCUCUCCAGAUAGCAAUGCUUGUAGACACACCCGGAGGUCCCUAUGUGCGCUACAUCCCGGAUGAGCUGGUGUGCGAUGCUAUCGAAAUGGGAUUCAUUACUGAAGAAGAAGUGCACAGGCAGAAGGAGGAAUGGGAAAGAAAGUAUGGCUUGAUUCCCAUUGAAUACACCCCAGCAGCUUCCUUUAAUCGACAAGAGAUGAUCGCAUGA